AUGCUUGAUGCGGAAUUAUGGGGAAUUUACAAGGUCUUAAAGGUGGCCUGGGACCUCGGUUUGCAGCAUGUUAUGGUCGAAACAGAUUUCAAGGAAGCCUUUGAUCUUCUCCAAAACGGCAAAAAUAUGGCGAGAAUCUCCCACUUGGUUCCUCACUUGAUUGAUCUUCUUUCUCGGAAUUGGCAGCUUCGUUUUUCUCAUGUCCAGCGCGCUAUAAACCGCACUGCUGAUGCCAUGCCCAAAGUCUCGAGGACACUCCCAUUUGGUGCAACCAGGUUUUCUUGUCCACCUGAUGCUGUUCGCCCCUUUCUGCUUAAUGAUCUAGCUACUGCUGCUUGA